AAAAAAUAUCGGUACUGUCCGUUAACCGGUGUUGAUAAGUGCUUUGCUUCCACUGGACUACUUAGAUAAUUUAUUCUUGCAGAAAAGCUUAAGCUCGGCAAAGGGAAAUUUUCCAUGCGUCAAACUCGUGACCUUUUAGAGCUUAAGGCUUUCAUCCAACGCUGUCGGCGGGCAGAUCUUGAUAAACUUAUAAAGUUAACCAAUCUUCCUCGUGGAGGUCUAAAGCAGGACAUUCAGUUGAGACUUAUUUCCUAUCUGGACCAGGAUCCUUCUACAGAAUUCCUUUCUGCCCUUCAUGAACUAAGGGGACUGAUUUAUAGUCCUGUCAAUUUACAGUUUCAACAGUCAAAUGGAAAUUUCGACCCCCACUGUCCUUCGAACGAUCUUCCGUCAUCGUUUGUGUAUUUAAGAGACCCUACCAUUCGUUGUUCUACACAAUCGUCAAAGAAUAGUUCAGGACCGAAUCCAUGUUUGACAGGUACAAAAACAAGCUGUGUACUACAGAAAGAGCAGUUGCGUCACAACCCUUACGUUGUACAACCGAAUACAAGUGUUUUUGAACAAUCAUCUCCAGAUGAAUUAAAUUCUACGAGAAGCAGGCAACAAAAAUCUCAGCAAUCAGUUUCAUCCAAUGAACUCACACAAAGUUCACUAUUUCCAGGGAAUCCUGUGAUUAACCCAUCAGUUUGGUCAUCUUGGGAGUCUGUUAACAAGUUGUUACCCGAAAACCGAGUAACGACAUCUCAAUCUUACACAUCUGGGAAGUCCCAAAAUGUAAGCAAUUUUAAUCCCCAUUCUCGAACAACUGUUGCCCCUUCUAUCCCUAUUCUAUCCAAUUCAGCUAUGUCAGAUGGGCAUUCAGAAAUACAUGUGCACUCUGAAUGUCCUCAGAGUUCAAUCCACACACUCGGUACAGAAUCAAGAAAAGCUGCUGUCACACACAAAAUAGGUCCACUUAUAACAUUGGCUGGAGUUGAUGGAUCGUUUCGGCUUCCCGCUGUUUUACCUGAAUUUCAUUUCAAAGAGUCUCCAUUUUUCAAACUGAUCGAUGUUCUUUUACCUCCGCAAAUCAUUCUCCCGGCCCACAUCGGUUUUGCUACUGGACGUCGAUCUUAUGACCGUUCUUUGGCCUUGAGGUUCACAUCUGACCAAGUUGAAACCAUUACUUAUCACUGCUGGCGUGGAUCUGAUGAACGAAUGGAAUUCGGAGUGCAAGUUAUUAUGCGUUUUGCUCGUCUAGAUCCCCAAGCCUGCCAAGAUCUAGUACAGACAUAUGAGUUGUAUGGUAGUCGCAAGUCAUCUAGUUUAUCGUUGGAUAAACUCAUUCAAAUACCAUUAGCUGAAGAUAGUUUACCAGUUCAUUUGAUAAUCCAAGUAAAUGGUCGGCCCAUCCAACUCCCACCUCUUUUACCAAGUAAUCGUCCAGGAAUGGAUGGACGUCGUAAUCCUAGACCUAUUAAUAUCACUCAGUCUCUUCAUGUUUCCCCUACUGUUCCAAACUAUAUUAAAUUAACUUGGACUCAUGAUUAUUCUAGCUAUACUUAUAAUGUUGUUGGAAUAUACUUGAUGCGUAGACGUUCGCCUCAACAGUUAUGUGGUCUUCUACAUUCGACUUCAUUUCAAAAUGCUAGUGUAAUGAAAAUGGAAAUCAUAAAAAAACUUAGCCCUAACGCUACCACUGGUAAUAUUGGUAGCGUGAACAACCAAAGUCAGUCUUUAGCCCGUAAUGAGAAUGACGAUGAUGAUGACGACGAUUUAGUUAUGCCAAAUACACUUCCUGUUCAACUUCUUUGUCCUUUAUCUAAAUGUCGUAUUGAAGUACCUGUACGUGGACGUAAUUGUCGUCAUGUUCAGUGCUAUGAUGCAACAACCUAUCUGAUAAUUAAUGAACGUAAACCAACUUGGAAUUGCCCUGUAUGCGAUGGUAAAGCUGUUUACGAAGAUUUGAUAGUUGAUGGUUUAUUUUUAGAAAUAUUGAAUUCUAAACGUUCUCAAGAUCUAGAAGAAAUUAUAUUUCAUUCGGAUGGUUCUUGGUCGGCUCUAGGCGAAGAAAUGGCUUCUAAUCAAUCAGAAAAUACUAAUGAUAAUAAUACUAAUAAUAGUAAUAGUAGAAAUCGAUCUGAGCCAUCUCCGUGUACUGAUUAUAAUCAAUUAUAUAGUUUACAAGAAAGCCCUUAUGCUUCAAGUCACAUUACUUCAAAUUCAAUUAGGUCAGCUACUGAUUCAGCUGGUUCUUCUUCAUUUGUACCAUCAUUUAAUACUUUGUCUCCUGCUAGUUCAAUAAAUUCGUUGUCUAAUCCAAACAAUUCUUAUCCUAAUACAUUAUCAGUGUCUCCUGCACUUGCUGUACGAACUGCAGCAAUUACACCAUUGAUAAGGAAUGAUGUGGACAAUAGUUCUGUCCCAAAUACAACAAAAACUACUUCUACUACUAGUACUACCACUAAUACUAUUUAUCAGGCCUCGGUUACUGUUCAAUCUUCGCGAGAUAAAGAGCAAAAUCAGUAUAUAUCCCAAGAGAUUCCCUCCUUCACUAUUGACUUAACAUUAUCUGAUGAUGAAAAUGAACAACAGAGCAUAAGUGCUCGAGAAACUGCAAGUAGCAUUCAAGCUCCUACAAAGGACAAUAAUUCUUCUUCGCGUCCUAUAAAUACAGUUACAUCGUAUUCUUCUUCUUCAUCAUCGUCAUCAUCAUCAUCAUCAUCUUUAUCACCACAAUUUCCUCCUAGUGAUUUAUCUCAAUCUUCGCAUUAUUCUGAAAAUUAUCAACUUCCAUUCUCAUCACAUACGAGUAAUAAACCGUCUUCAAUAGCAUUAUCAAGUACUUCUAACUCUAAAAGUUCUAAUCAGUCGAGUUCCAUACCUCUUGUUUAUUCAUCAGAACCAAAUUCCACACAAUCAGUUAGUGUUAGUCAAAAUCUUGGAGUUCCUAAUGUUUCUGUAACGAAUGUCCCUUCAAAUCAAAGGCGUUAUCCUCUUGUUAGCAGUGAACAGAAACUAGUACAAGGACCGGCUACUAGCAUACUUUGUUCUGCUACUAAAUCAGAUGUUCCUGUUAGUUUACCUUCAAUUGGUAAGCUUUGUUUUUAUACAUCACGUGUAAAACUGGGUUUCAAUUGACAAAUGUCUUUUCGAUAUUAUAAAGACUGCCGAAAUAUGGACUCCACGUAUCCAAUCUAUUCACUUGUUACAGACGUGAAUAAACUUUUUCACUCAAGGGCUGCACAAACCCAGAUACUGUGUCUGUAGGUUUCAUAUGGAAGAUGCCAAAAUGUUUUUCAUUACGCAUCUGAUAAGUAUCAUUUAAUCUUCCCGAUUACUGCUUAUACUCUUGCUACCUCUACCACUACGGGAUUUGAAUCGACCACUGCAUCUCUGUGCUAAUGUGGUAUGGCAACUCGAACUGAUGUACGUACGUACUAAGUUCUACGUUGUUACUGACUGACUGACUGAAGUAUCAUUUAUUUUUGAAAAUAACAUAUAAUAGCCAAGUUAUCAACAUUAAUUUCAUUUCAUCAAUGGAUUAUGUGCAACUAAGAAGAUUAUAUUGUUAUGAAUAACAGAGCGAUAUUAUUUUCACUGCAGUGUGAGUUAUUUACCUGAGAAUAUCAAGGGAUUGUCCGCAUUUAUUUAGGUGUCUAUGUAGGUACUAACUGGAACAUUGUUCUGUCUUUCUUAUUUUUUUUUAAUCUUCAACAUAAUUUCAUCACACUUUUUAUUCAUACUUAUUUCGGCUAUGAUCUCUGCAAACAACGUGCGAAGCAAAGACUGUCAUUAUUGAUUAUCCUAAAAAAUAUCAUGUUAACUUAUGAUAGAAACUGGGUCUAAAUUUGAUACAUUGACUUACCUUUUACUUGUUAUUAUCAUUGCCUCAACGACUGGGUUGAUUGACUCUUGUGAUGGAAUAAAAUGAUAACGUUAUUUCGGUCGAUAGUUUUUCGUACCAAUUUACUAUCAAUUUCCACCUGGGUGACUGGUGUGAACUUAGUGUGUGACGUUUUAAAGUCAAUAUUUCUGGUGUAAAUUCAGCAUGAACUUCUUUCAAUAUGACGAGGGUGAACUUUCGUUCCGUGUGACAUUUAUGUUCCCUGUACACGUGAACUGUAUUCAGUGUGUGUUUUUAAAGUAACUAAUUAUUUUCCUCCAUAUGUGAUAUUAUUAGGCGUGUGUAAAAGUUAGAAUAUAAAUGAUUGUUUUUGGUCUAACGAAGACGUGAUUUUAUAACUUGUUCGUGGACGUGUUUUUGGAGAGUCAGUUAAUUUCCAUUGCACCAGGCUUUCGUGUUAACUUGCGUCAUUUGAAUUGCUAUGGUUCCCGAUUGUCUAGUCGAAAAGCAGUAAGACUGCGGACCCAACUGAGGCGAUACGCACGUAGCAGCGAUGACACACCAGACAUAACAGCGUCGACUCCAGACGUAAUAACGAUAUUAGCACCGCAAAAGAUAGAUAUACGCAUAUUAUUCUUCAAAAUGACUUAUUAUUUCCCUCACUCUACUUCACAAAUCAUAUUUCUUUGCAAAGAUGUCAUAUCGGUAAAGGUUUUACUAAAAUAUACCGACAUACAUCAUAGGCAUUUAUAUUAGCCUUAUACUAAUAAUUAACUAUUGUGUUUCUCAGUCACUUCAGCAUCAUGUGGAAGUAAACGUCCAAGCUCAUCAGAUUAUAAUUUUUCAUCGUUGAAUUUCUAUCAAUCUGGAACUCAAUCUGUAAGUAAUAAUAAUGGGUUACGUUACAGUUCAACCGUUCACACUACAUCUGUUUCAAAUGAAUCCGGUCAGUAUUCUCUUCCGAUAGCAAAAGUACCUCGGAUUGAAAUUCCACAUAGUCAACAUUAUGGAUCAUCUUCAACGCAAUCUCAGGGAUCCUAUUCUAAUAAUAAUGGUUAUAAUAAUUCUAGACGGUGUACAAAUAGUCCAUCUGGUUCAAAUUCGUAUACAUAUCAUUCCAAUAUAACUCGACAGAUGCCAUCUGAUGGAUAUCAUAGCAACAGACUUACGUCGUCAACAUUCCAUUCAGGUCAAUCUUCCGAUCAUUUUUAUCCCAAUGAACACACAACAAAUACAAGUAGUCGAUAUACAUAUUAUAAUCCUAAUGAGUCUGGCAGUAAUAAUAGUAAUACUAAUCGAACAUACUGCUAUUAUCCAUCCUCAAGACAUGUUAGUUAUCCUACAUCCGAUUCUGGAACAAUUUAUCCAUAUAAUAGACAACCAUCAUCUCAUAUUCGUAGUCCUUAUGAAACUCACCACAGAAAUGUAAUAAAUAGCUCUUUGCCAAGAGAUACACUUCAUCAUAAUUCACAAAUGAGGUCUUCUGAUAUAACUAAUUCAACAUAUUGUGGUAGCUCAGUUGACUCACGUAGAGGAUUUCAUUGACAUUGCUUUAAAAUCGAUUUUCCUGAUAAAAAAAAGAAGAUAACCGUUUCACAUUAUUUCUGACGAAUUUUUCUUUCUCUGUUAAUUGAAUGUACACAUUUUUCAAUAAUUUACUUUCUUUCUACCUUUUUUUGUCUUAAACAAAAGAUUGAUUUGUAAAUAUCAUUCACUUUUGAAGAUAGACAAUAAUAACUCAAUUGGUUCUUGCCUUUUCUUUUUAAUGUAUAACAGAAUUUACACAGAUUACAUUUGCAUUUUCUUUUCCAUUUUGGUUUUUCUGUAAAUGAUUUCUAUUUUUAUGUAGACUACUUAAUAAAUAAACUGUAACAGGAUUAUUUAUCUGUCGUAUAUAUACAAUUAAUCUUUCUAUUUUCUACUGCUCACUGCUGUGACAUUAUGUCAACUGACGAAGUUUAGUAAUAAAAAAAGCAUGGAUAAAUCAAAAACUAUAAUUCUUUUUACUUCUAAAUAUUUCUUUACUCUGUAUUUGACAUCAUUCAUUUUGGUUAGACAGCAUACACUUGAAAUUAGGAUUAAUAUGUAGAUGUACAUGUAUCUUAUCAGCGCUAUUUUAAACUUCAGCACUCCAAUUAUGGUACAUGUUACAUGAAGUUUCCUUAUAAAGGGCGCCAUAUUUGUUACCGCAUUUUUCUAUCAGAUUAUUGUUCACCUGUUGUUAACUAGGCUUAAUAAAUGACCAACCAAUUCAUUAUAUAUAGUUUUAUUUAUCUACCUUCUUGUUGUAUAAAAUACAGUUAUGUCUAUUAUUAUCAUUAUCAUUUUAUUCAUGCUGUCUCUCUUCAAUUUGAUUGUAAUCAAAUCUUAGUGAAUGUUUACGUAUGUUCUCUUGUUUAUGUUGAGUUUUAUAACUAUAUUCUUUGUAAAUGUUUUAAAGUAUUAGCGUAUUUCAGUUAUGUUUAUUCAAGUGAAACACGUGAUUUGUAUAAAAGAGACUUGAACUUGUAUAAAACUAGUUUCCUUUUUC